AUGCCUCCACCAAUAUUACUGUCAGACUCGGAAUUUGAACCGCAGGAGCCAUACGACUCUGACUCCGUUCAUACCAUUGAAAGCGCGCCACUCAAGAUGGAGACAGAAGCAGAGGCGGAGGCGGAGGAGCCGAGCGAGGCUUCAGAUUCUACACCCGAGCCCAGGCCUGCAGCACACAUCCCGCCCCCUCUCCCCCUGCCACCGAACCUUGGAUCUAUCCAUGUGCUAGGAGGUGUCGCCAACAAGGCGAAACGCAAGGCAUCGUCGAGCGGUGACAGCGAAGAUCAUACCCCUACGGCCAAGACCCGCCGCACAGAGCCCAGCGAGCCCGAGUCGGCGGAGUCCGACUCUGAUGACGACGACGAGCAGGACGGCGAGGAUAUUCCUGCAUGGGCCAGCUAUGUAAACCAAUCUUUCUCAGCAGACGACGAGGCGCUGGGGCAGGAAAUGCCUACGCCCAACGGCUCUGGCACGCUCCUCUAUCGCCAUACGUUCCCCACUCUAGACGGAGGACUGACCGGGCCGCGACGGCUUACGCGGGCCCUCUCCGUCCGACCCGUCAAGCAGAUCCCCCGCGUGGCGAAGACCUUCCAUGACCACAAGCCGCAGAACGCGACGUCGUUCCUAAUGCAAGCCGCGGGCGACCGGCUGCCCAAGUCGAUGUGGUGCCGGAAAUGCACGAACGGGAGCGGCAUCUUCGCCGACGACUGCGUCGUGGUGCGCGACCCGGACGUGCUAGAGGUCACGGGCGGCGCCUGCGCCAACUGCUGGUACGGGCGGCAAGGGUCGCUGUGCUCGCACCGCGAGAAGGGGAAGACGGUGUCCAAGAUCUUCAAGGGCAGCAUGCUGGGGCUGCCGGCCAGGAAGUCGGCCGUGUACAUGCCGAAACAGAUGCCCGUGCCCGUCGCCACGCCCGCACCGGCGCCGCUGCACCCGAGCUAUGUCGCUGCGCUGUCGGCGGGGACGGCCUCGGGGGGUGGGGAGGCGAAUACUUCGAGCAGUGGUGCCGUCUCCGGCAGUGCCACCAACGGGACUGGCCCGUCGCGGGAGGACACGGUGCGGGUGUGGCAGAGCCGGUACAGCGCGGUGAACAUGGACGGCCUGCUGGCGGCGCACGAGCACUUGGCCGAUUGGCAGGAGGACUUGACGACGCGGCUGGUUGCGAUGAACAGAGUGGUGAUCAAGAAGUUGAGGGAGAAAGAGGGGUCUUGA